AUGAGCGAACAGCCUACACCUCAAAGUGAAGCAGAACGAAUCAGAAAUAAACGCCUCGCGAGACUAGGUGGAGGUACAGGAAACACCUCUUCUACGUCAAAUCCAUCAUCCCCGCCUGCUGAACCUACGGCGCCUGCGCCUAAUCCAUCUACAUCCACUGCAGCGCCGAAGAGUGUUUCGCCCAAGGCGAACACUACUGCAAGCCCCACCCAAGCCUCGAAGUCUUCUUCUCUUCCUGGGUCUUCAAGCACUGGCCGAGUUACACCCUCACGAAUCACCAUUACAAAACCGAUUGCCCAAGAAACUCAUGCAUCCAAUUCUGUACCAAAACCUAAACAUUCAAAUGUUCCCUUCUCGUUUGCUAGAUGGGAGGAGGACACCGUAGAGAUAGUCUUUGGUGUAGCAUUGGAUAAAGACAUUGCCCAGCGAAAGCGACUUGUUUGGCUCAAGGAGUUGUCACAGGAAUUGAUAUCCGAGACACCCGAAUCACCUCGACCACUGCGCUGCAAAGGGGACCAUGCGGACCAGAUACUCAUUGGAAGACUUGAACUCGAUCCUCAGAGGAUGAGUGAUGAUCCAGAGCAAAUCUCGAUCAUGUCAUCCAUUCCCCCGGAGCAAACCUGUUUCGAGUAUCUGGUGGGUUGCUGGAAAAGGCUUAUUGGACAGCGUGCGGCCGUGAUCAAGCGAGCUCCACCUGAAAAGGACCUAGAGAAAGCCAUUGCCUUGAUCGAGAAGCUUCGAGAGCUCAUCAUAAGCUACUGCGGAUUGACAAUGCAAGAUCCUAGCAUGUUUCCCCAACCAAAUACGACGAAACCCCUAGGUGGCGCAGAGCUUUUACCUCCGCUGUUUGCAUUGGCAUCUGCCAACUCUGUCUUCUCUGCAACAUCUCCGAUGGCUCAAGAUCUAAUACUCGAUCCCUCGUCAGAGCUACAGCCUUUCCUGAGCGAUUUGGCAAAACGCUUCCAUCAAGAUGGAUUAGAAGAGGUUCUUGGAGGCGUAGUUCGCUCUGUCGCAUUCAGUCCCCAUUUGGCUGUGGGAAUGGUGCACACGACGGCUACUCUUUCAUCCACCGCUGUUAAUCCGACCUCCUGGAGGUCAGCAGUAGCAGCACUUGAAUGUCUGUUUUCGAUCAAGCCCAUUGCUGCAAUGAUUACCACGUUACCUCAGUGGAAUCCAGAUAUUUGGAAUCAAGAGACACGCACAGGGGUAAAGAAUGGUAGCGACCAUGAGAAGAGCAGCAUUCUCGGUAUGGUCAUGAGGCUAGGGAUCUUUGCUCGCGAUUGGCCAGCGGUCUUGGUUUCCUAUUACAAGGAUUUCGAUCAGAUGCCUCCGAGGGAUAAGCAAGCCUCGGAUAUCUCGCUUAAAGCGAGUCUCACAUCCCUUCGGACGUCUCUUUAUAAUAUGGUCAACUCUAUUGUUCGCGCUGGCCCUGCUCCACGAGAAGCCUUCCUGGCGUAUGUAGGAAGAGUCGUCGCGUUGAACGGGAAAAGGGCAGCCAUGCGGUUCAAAUACGAGACACAGGCAUCCGACUCGUUCAUGCAUAAUCUCCAUUAUGUGCUCCUUCGGCUGGCGGAUCCAUUUAUGAUGGAUUAUCAACAACUGGACAAGAUUGAUCUUCGCUAUUAUGAAAGAUCACGGCGAAUCGUCCUCAAAGACCAGACUCGCAUCAAUGCUACACCCCCUGAAAUCGAGGAAUGGGAGAAGGGUGCUGACGCGGGUGGUCCGACUCCCAACUUUGUCUCCGACGUUUUCUACCUCCUCACAGCUGUGAACCAUCUGAGUACUGGGCCGAUCUCCAACUAUAUCUCCGCUAUCGCGAGGCACGUACGGGAUAUUGAGAAGGAGCUAGAGGUCAUGGAAAGGGACGAAAGUUGGAGGGGUGGACCGGCUCAGCAGCAAGUGGAGGCAGCAUUGAAGCGUGGCAAGGAAGAGAUUUCAAAGAUGCAUGCUCUCAUGGAGAGCAUGUAUGUCGCCAUUCUGGACGACGAGUUCACCUCGAAAUCUGUUGGGUUUUCCUGUUUCGUGUCCGUCUGGCUUCUUCGGAUGGUCGAUCCCUCCAAACAGCACCCAAAGGUCACCAUCAGCCUUCCUUUGCCACAGGAAGUUCCCCUCGUCUUCAAAGUCCAACCCGAAUAUGCUUUUGAUGAUAUUGUCGAGUUCUGGGACUUGAUGAUGAAGUACAAACCCACAGUUUUUACCGCGUUUGGACAAAAGGAGAUUAUCGACUUUGCUAUCGCGUUCUUGACGUCGACCUGGUAUAUCACCAACCCGUAUCUCAAGUCGAAAUUAGUGGCUGUUCUAGCCAUUGGCGUUCGACCAUUCCGACAGCAUACAGCCGGCAUUCUAGGGAACGCUCUGUGUUCCCAUCCGCUCAGCUUGAAGCACCUCAUGAUGUGUUUGAUGAGCUUCUACGUUGAAUGUGAAAAGACCGGCACACACACCCAAUUCUAUGACAAAUUCCAGAUCAGGCGAGUCAGCAAGGACCAUGAGGAGAUGGACUCUGAACUUUCUUUAGACGGGACAUCGCAGAAGUUAUGCAAAGUGUCUGGCGAGAUAGCACCCAUCGUGCUGUCAUGGCAAACUUUACGAGGUAUUAACAUGCAAGAGUUUGUCAAGUUUGCUAAUCGCCUCAUGAACGACGUGACUUUCAUGCUGGACGAGCUGCUCACAAAGCUGGCAGAAAUCAAGAAACUGCAGCUCGAAAUGGCCAACAAGGAGGCCUGGGAGGCUCUCACUCAAGAGCAGCGAGAGGAUAGGACGUCUAAGCUACGAGCCGCAGAAGGAAUAGUCGAAUCAUGGGUUAUAUACUCUCGCGAAUUCCUUGCACUGCUCAUCGAGUUCACGGAUUCUUCAAAGGCGCCUUUCGUCUCGCCCGAGAUUGUUGGACGACUUGCAGCUAUGCUCAACUACGUCUUGGACCAACUUGCGGGCCCACGUGCUUCAGACUUGAAGACGAAAGACUUGGACAAGUAUCGCUUUGAUCCUCGAGAGAUGCUCAGCAAAGUGUUGCAGAUCUACAUUAAUCUCAGCGGAGAACCGGCCUUCGUACAAGCAGUUGCUGGGGAAGGGCGAAGCUAUCGAAAGAGUCUAUUCGACCGAGCUCUCAAGAUUGCUCGAGAUAAGGUUCUCAAGAGCAGUGAGGAACUUGAAACCUUUGCAAAGUUUGCAGAGAACGUCGAGGCUACUCGUCUGGCGAUGGAUGAGGAAGAGAUUACCGACUAUCCAGAAGAGUUCGAGGAUCCUCUCAUGGCUACAAUCAUGAAAGAUCCUGUCAUUCUACCUUCAUCAAAAACUGUUGUCGACAUGUCGACCAUAAAAUCGCAUCUUCUCUCAGACCCGACAGAUCCGUUCAAUCGGAUGCCUCUCAAGAUUGAAGAUGUAAUCCCGAAUACCGAGCUCAAGGCGCGCAUUGACGCCUUCCUCUCAGAGAGGCGAAACAACAUUGUCGAAGAGAGAAUAAAAUCUGCUGCGGAUGAAAAUCAGUCAAAGAUGGAUAUAGCAGAGUAA